AUGAAUAAAGUGAAAAUAGUUCUUGUUGGCUCAGCUCAUACAGGCAAAACAUCAAUCAUAAAUCGUUACAUAUAUGGAGGUUUCACACCUCACACGAUGCCAAGCACUCAACCAGGUUUCUUUCAGAAAAAAGUCCAAAAUGGCGAAGGCGAAAUCCAAGUUGAGAUAUGGGAUACAGCUGGACAAGAACAAUACCAUGCUCUCUCACCAAUGUUCUAUAGAGAUGCUGACGGAGGAAUUGUCGUAUUUGAUUUAACAGAUUCAAGUAGCUUCGCGAAAUCAAAACAGUGGAUAAACGAGAUUAGAGCUGCUCGCGGUGAUGAUUGUACUAUUUUCUUGGUCGGAAACAAGUCAGAUCUCCAAUCAAUUCGUACAGUUACUUUGGAAACAAUGCAGAACUUUGCGAAAUCAAUCAACGUAAGUGUAUACGAAACAUCUGCAAAAACAGGCGAAAAUAUUGAAUUAUUGUUUAAUUCAGUUGUAAAACAAAUUUCUAAGUCUGCAAAACUGAAUGCAAACUUCAAUACACAAAGAAUGAGAUCAACAGUACGUUUUACCCAGCCAGCGGAAGAAAAAUCCGUAAAAUGCUGUAAGUAA